UUAUAUAUAUAUAAACAAAGAUGUUUAAUUGCUAAUAAGGUGAAGCUUUCUGAAAUGGGAUUUUAUGUCAUAUUAAUAAAAGAGGCAAGGGGGGGGACUCUUAUUUUGCCACGUGGGUCACCCGGAAGUCGAUGAGGAGUUGUUCCAUUAGAUUUGCUAUGCUUUACAUAAACCCCUGUGAAUCUUAUAUGAAGUAUUUUGCAAAGAAAAAAAAAUCUGUCAUGUUUUAAAAUUGUAGUAUUAUUACACAGUGCAUAGCUGUGCGCUAAAGUAAGCGCCAUGUCUGAAAGAAAGCGACGGAGAGAAGAGCGGGGGGAAAGACGAGAGGAAAAGCGACUGAAAGACUCGCUCUCAGUCAGACAAGAGGAGGAGAAAUACAACACACACACUGUAAAACUCAGCCAAGAGGUCCAGAAACUCAAACAUGUGGAGACUUUCUAUGAGAAACCUCCCCCUGGACUUAUAAAGGAGGAAGAAGUGAAACCAGAGGACUGUAUUCCUGAUGCCCCCGGGAAUGAGCACGCCAGGGAGUUCCUGGCUCACGCACCCACUAAAGGCCUAUGGAUGCCUCUGGGCAAGGAGGUGAAAGUAAUGCAGUGCUGGAGAUGCAAGCGUUACGGCCACAGGACCGGGGACAAAGAAUGUCCCUUCUUCAUCAAAGGCAAUCAGAAACUGGAGCAGUUCAGAGUGGCGCACGAAGACCCGAUGUACGACAUCAUAAGGGAAAACAAGCGCAAUGAGAAGGAGACGAGGAUCCAGCAGUUGAGGCAGCUCCUACAGGAUACCACCACCGAUUCAGACUCCAGCUCCUCCUCCUCCUCCUCCUCCUCCUCCUCUCGCCACGCUCGUAACAAGAAGAAAAAGGAAAAGAAGAAGAAAAAGAAGAAGAAGAAACAAAAGAAGAAUAAGAAGCACAAGUCAAAGAGUAGUGAUAGCUCAGACUGAGAGGGGAGACUGGUGUUAUUGGUGGCUCUGGAGGGACAUGACAGGGGCAGCUGUAGAGACCUUUGCUAAGCCACUGAGCUCUGCGUUUUCCCUCCUCUGCUCUUCCUCCCACCCUGCUGGCUCUGCUUAA